GGUAGGUAAGAGUUAUGGCUAAAAGAAAGAAAUCCCUUUCCAGUUCAGACGACUCCUCAUCCAGCAGUUCAGACUCAUCCAGCAGCUCAUCUGAUUCUCCCCGACAGAGAAGAAACAAGUUAAAAGAUCAAAACAAAUCCAAUCAGAAAAGUGAAAAACGGACAGUGAAAUCAAAAAGUAAGGAAAAAGUUGCUCAGGAUAAGAGAAGAAAAUCUCCUCCUCGUCGCUCACCAGAGCGCAAAAGGAAACAAUCUGAUUCCGUCAAAAUAACAACCCAAAAAAGCACCCAUUCGGAGGAUAGUAAAGUUGAAGCUAAAAAACGACACAAAUCCCCAGAAAGAUCCCAUACUAAACGUCAUAAAUCCCCUGAAAGAUCACACAGACAGAGAUCCAAGAAGGAGAGAUCCAAAUCCCCAAAAGCAGAUCAAAAGAAGAAGAACCUGUUUCCUAUUGUCAGUAAAGGAGAUGAUGUAACUCUGGAGUUAGAAUUAGGAAAGAAGAAUAUUACUGAGACAACACUUGUUUCUUAUCCUAACCUGAACAAAAGUGUAACAGAGGACAGAACUAAGAACGAUGAUGAUAGAAAGAGAAGACACUCACACACCUCCCCUGAAAGGUUCAAGUCAAUGAGCUCCACAAUAACAGUGACCCACAACAACACCAAUAACCCUGAAAUCAGGGAGGCAGAUAAGCGACCCCGGCGUAGUCCCGUACAGAGGAGUUUACGGGAUAGAGUCGGCUGGGACCCCUUCCAGGGCACCAACUCUUCUAGCUUCGGGGAUCACGAUGACAGACAGCUAAAUAGAGGGUAUAACGACAGCUACACUCGUAAAGAAUUUGGCCGGGGUAGAGCCCGGGGCGGAGGUGGUGGCGGUGGUGGACGAGGCUUUAGGAGCGACAAUCGCCCACGAGGGGGAGGCGGUGGCGGUGGCGGCGGCGGUAUGUGGUCUAAUAAUCGGAACUUUAGUCGGAACGAUAGUCAAGAGAACACAGAUAGAUCAGGAAUCAAUGACAAGAAGUGGAAACGGGACAUGUUUAGCGACGAUUAAUGAUAUUUAUACUUUAAAUCGUAUCACGAGUAUAAAUUACUAGUUAUGAUUCACCCUGUUAAUUGCAUCAUGCCGAGUGCCCUCAACUUUUAGCUAAGAAAAAUUUUCUGUCAUCAAUAUGACAGCGAAAGCGACCCGUUUUUAUAUUUACGAUUUAAGAUUUAAAUGUUAACUGAUUUACUGUGAUAAGAAUAACAAGCUUAGCUCUGUAACGAUUGGUAAAAUAGUUAUGCAGGUCGCAUCAUGUAAUCAAAGUUUUGUUGAUUUUUAUGUUCAUUAAUUAAUGAAACAGCUUUAUAUAACUUCUUUAGCUGAACUUACAUAUUGUUACCUGUAAACAAAGUUCAUUGCAUAUCAUUGCUUUAUUGGUUCAAUAA